CUCAUAUCUCCGUCAAAAAGGCGCAUGGGCCCAAACCAACUUGGGGUUUUUCACUACUGACUAUUCCCUACAUGAUGAAAAUAGUCUGAGUCGAAAAGCUUUUAAUCACCUCGAGAGGUUCCCUCGUUAGACAUUAUCGCGAAAAAAUUGAAAUAUACAUUAUUCAGCAUAAAAUUAAUUUCUCUACAAAAUUUAAUGUUUAGAAAAAAUCUUCGUUCCUGAAAACCAGUUUUUGAAGCUAGCUAUUGUCUUGUUUAAGCCCAAACGGUUUCUCGAUAAUUAAUAAUUUUCAAUAGUGUUUUCGAAAGAGACAGUCGACGUCUAUAUACUUACACGAAAAAGUUUCUCGUUCGACCUGGUUUCGUGAUAGAAUGUGACCUGCGGAUUUGAAAGGUCAAAAAGAAGAUGAAAUUUCUUCACGGAACGGUUUCUCAAUUAGCGUGUUCUAAUACUGAAAAUAAGCCCAUAUUUUCUGAUUAUUUUGCAGGUUCUGGACAAGAUAUGACGAAAAACGCAGCAGAUUUAACACGCGUGUCAUCGCAACCGGAAGAAGAAAACAAAGAACCGGAGAAUGAUGAUGGAUAUAGUGGUGGUACUCAUCGUGAAAGUCAGGUUGCUACAGCACUUCGAAUAAGACUCAGUCUUGCUGAAUUUGGUCGUAACGUUCUGUCUACCUUAUUUGCUAAUAAUGAAUUAGCAACGCAUACAAUGCCGCCGUUACAUCGUCAUAAACGUCGGCCGACCGAUCCACCAACAUUGGAUGCCGAUAAAAUUGAUAUUUUAAAAACAGAUGAUGAUGGAGGUGAUACUGGCGCAGAUAAUCGUACAAAUAAUGAAACAGAAUAA